AUGGGCCCGGGCUCUAGCCCCAUGCCCUCGUCUCCUCCGGCUCCCCUCAACAUGGCCCACGGCGCCGACGACGACGACGAGAUCGAGGAAGAGGCCGAAAUCCAAGACGACCUCGACGACAUGGAUGAGAUGGCCGACGACGACAUUGACCUGUUCCGCGAAGGCUUCGAGGGCGACUACCGCGCCCGAGAAGAUGACGUCUACGAGGGCGACGACAUUGAUGACGAGGGCGACUACGAUGCCCUCGACCUGGGUGCCAGACGCCGACUCGAGGCCCAGCUGAGCAGGCGCGACAAGGAGGUUGCGCGGCGGCAGAGGAUCCCGGCCGCCUUUCUCCCUGGCGACGACGAGGACGGCGAUGUCGACCUGUCGACGCAGCCUCGCCGCCGUCGCCAUCACUACGACGAGGACCCCGACGACGCCAUGGAUGCAGACAUCAUGGACGAGGAGCUCUCCCUCGAGGCCCUGGGCGAUGUCAAGGCCGCCAACCUGACUGAAUGGGUCUCGCUGCCUCCCGUCCAGCGGACCAUCAAGCGAGAGUUUAGGGCAUUUCUGACCUCGUACACGGACGCCUCUGGAUCCUCCGUCUACGGAAACCGCAUCCGCACCCUGGGCGAGGUCAACGCCGAGUCUCUCGAGGUGUCGUACGAGCAUCUGUCUGAGAGCAAAGCCAUCCUGGCCUACUUCAUGGCCAAUGCCCCCGCCGAGAUGCUCAAGCUCUUUGACCAAGUCGCCAUGGACGUCGUCCUGCUGCACUACCCCGACUACGAGCGCAUCCAUUCCGAGAUCCACGUCCGCGUCUUUGAUCUCCCCGUACACUACACGUUGCGCCAGCUCCGCCAGUCUCAUCUCAACUGCCUGGUGAGGGUAAGCGGCGUCGUCACCCGGCGCAGCGGCGUCUUUCCCCAGCUCAAGUACGUCAAGUUUGACUGCACCAAGUGCGGUGUGACUCUGGGACCGUUUCAGCAAGAGUCCAGCGUCGAGGUCAAGAUCUCCUUUUGCCAAAACUGCCAAUCUCGUGGCCCCUUUACCAUCAACUCGGAGAAGACCGUCUACCGCAACUAUCAGAAGCUCACCCUGCAAGAGUCUCCCGGCACCGUUCCCGCCGGCCGUCUGCCCCGGCACCGAGAGGUCAUCCUGCUCUGGGACCUCAUCGAUAAGGCCAAGCCCGGCGAGGAGAUUGAGGUGACGGGCAUCUACCGGAACAACUACGACGCGCAGCUCAACAACCGCAACGGCUUCCCCGUGUUCGCCACCAUCCUCGAGGCCAACAACGUGGUCAAGGCCCACGACCAGCUCGCCGGCUUCCGCAUGACGGAGCAGGACGAGCAAGAGAUACGCAAGCUGUCGCGCGACCCCAACAUCUUGGAGAGGAUCAUAAACUCCAUAGCCCCCAGCAUCUACGGGCACACGGACAUCAAGACGGCCGUCGCGCUGUCGCUAUUUGGCGGUGUGGCCAAGACGACAAAAGGGGCGCAUCACGUCCGCGGAGACAUCAACGUCCUCCUCUUGGGCGACCCGGGCACCGCCAAGUCGCAGGUGCUCAAGUACGUGGAGAAGACGGCCCACCGCGCCGUCUUCGCGACAGGCCAGGGCGCCAGCGCCGUCGGUCUGACGGCUAGUGUCCGUCGAGACCCGCUGACGAGCGAGUGGACGCUCGAGGGCGGCGCGCUGGUGCUGGCGGACCGGGGAACGUGCCUGAUUGACGAGUUUGACAAGAUGAACGACCAGGACCGGACGUCGAUCCACGAGGCCAUGGAGCAGCAGACCAUCUCCAUCUCCAAGGCGGGCAUCGUGACGACGCUGCAGGCGCGGUGCGGCAUCAUCGCAGCCGCCAACCCGCUGGGCGGGCGCUACAACUCGACGAUUCCCUUCUCGGCCAACGUGCAGCUGACGGAGCCGAUUCUGUCGCGCUUCGACAUCCUCGUCGUGGUGCGCGACACGGUCGAGCCGGCCGAGGACGAGCGCCUGGCGCGCUUCAUUGUCGGCUCGCACGGCCGCAGCCACCCGUCGUCGACACAGCAGGCGCAGGACUCAAUGGAGGACGGCGGCGGCGAGAUUCCGCAGGAGCUGCUGCGCAAGUACAUUGUGUACGCGCGAGAGCGGUGCAGCCCCAAGCUGUACCACAUGGACGAGGACAAGGUGGCGCGGCUCUUUGCAGACAUGCGGCGCGAGUCGCUGGCAACGGGCGCAUAUCCCAUCACGGUGCGCCACCUCGAAGCCAUCAUCCGCAUCAGCGAGGCGUUUUGCCGGAUGCGCCUCUCCGAGUACUGCUCCGCGCAAGACAUUGACCGGGCCAUUGCCGUGACUGUCGACAGCUUCGUCGGCAGCCAGAAGCUGAGCUGCAAAAAGGCCCUGGCGCGCGCGUUUGCAAAGUACACGCUGGCGCGGCCGGGCGCGACGGGGCAGAGGAGGGGCGGAGGGGGUCAGUCGAGGCGGCGGCCCACGGCGGCCAUGGCGUAG